AUGUUGGGCACUGCAGGACAAAGGAGAGAUAAGCCAGAGAUCCCGGUGAGGCUGAGCAAUUAUUACUCUCACUCGCGGUGCCAGGGCCAGCUGGAGGUCUACCCCUGGGACCGGUGGUCCUCCGUGUGUCACCUGAGCUGGGGCAACAGGUGGAGCUCCCAGGAGAACCCUCCCUGGCAGGCCGAGUUCUGCCGGAAACUGGGCUGCGGAAGGCCCUUGAAGCUCGCCAUCUUGGAUCCUUUCAGCAGCCCCUUGAACCAGAUCAUCUGCCACGGAGACCCAGGGUCCUUCGUCAACUGCAGUAUCCACAUGGCUGGCUCAUGCCCCCCUCUGAACCUCUUCUGCGUAGAGCCCCGGAAGAGCACCGCUGCCCCCACCAGGCCACCACCCACCACCACUCCGAAGCCCACAGCGCCCCCCAGGCUACAGCUGAGUGCCAGGCGAGGAGGCCUACACUGUGCCGGGGAGGUGGAGUUCCACCAGGGCAGCCAGGGCGGCAAGGUCGAGGACCAGGACCUGACCCAGGAGCUGGGGGAUCACAUCUGCAGUGCCCUCCAGUGUGGCUCCUUCCUGAGGCGUCUGCAGGACAGGGCGCCGCACCCGGAGGAGCCCGGGCCCUCGCUGCCUCUGCGGUGGAAGCUACAGCACAACGUCAGCUGCGCGGACCUACAGCAGUGCUUCCAGACACGCCAGCCGGAGGCCGGGGGCCGGGCUCUCGCCGUCCUCUGCUCAGACUUCCAGCCCAAGGUGCAGAGCCGCCUGGUGGAGGGCCACAGCCUGUGUGAAGGCGUGGUGGAGGUGCGCCAGGGAGGGCGGUGGGCAGCCCUGUGCCACAACAGCACGGCCACGGCGGCGAGGUGGAACGAGGUCUGCCAGGAGCAGCAGUGUGGCAGCGUCGUCACCUAUGGGAAGCUGGAGGCUGGCAAGACAGCCUCCCCAGGGCUCUCGUGUCCCCAGGAGAAGCUGUCCCAGUGCCAUCAGCUUCAGAAGAGCCCCCUCUGCAAAAGGGUGUUUGUCACAUGCCAGCACCAUCACCCAGCGGGCCUGGGCGCCGGCACCGUGGCCAGCAUCAUCCUGGCCCUUAUGCUCCUGGCUCUGCUCCUGAUCAUGUGCGGCCCUCUCGCCUACAAGAAGCUGGUGAAGAAAUUCCGUCAGAAGCAGCAGCGGCAGUGGAUUGGCCCAACAGGGGUGAACCAGAGCAUGUCUUUCCAUCGCAACCACACGGCUACCGUCCGGUCUCGGGCUGAGAACCCCGCAGCCUCACACGUGGAUAAUGAAUACAGCCAGCCCCCCAGGAGCUCCAUCUCUGCUUACCCGGCUCUGGAAGGGGCCCUGCACGCAUCUUCUGCCCAGCCCGACAACUCCUCCGACAGUGACUAUGACCUGCAUGGGGCUCAGCGGCUGUGA